AUGGAGGAGGAGCGGGAGGAGGCGGGCGUGGCGCUGACGGGGAGGCGGGCGCGGGCGGACACGAGGCACCCGGUGUACCGGGGCAUCCGGCUCAGGGGCGGCAAGUGGGUGUCGGAGAUCCGGGAGCCGGGCAAGGCCAGCAGGAUCUGGCUGGGCACGUACCGGACGCCCGAGAUGGCCGCCGCCGCGUACGACGCCGCCGCAUUGGCGCUGCGGGGGGCCCGGGCCGCCGGCCCCGCGCUCAACUUCCCCGGCGAGGCGCUGUCGCGGCCCGCGCCGGCGUCGUGCGCGCCGGACGACAUACGGGCGGCCGCGGCCGCAGCCGCGGCGAUGGUUGUCGAUGCCGGCAGCUCUCCUCGGACGGAGGCUGAUGGCGGCCGCUCCGGGUCCGGGAGCUGCGGCGCGGGUGAACAGGGCCCCGUCGUGGACGAGGACGACGUCUUCGAGAUGCCGCGGCUGCUGGCGAGCAUGGCGGAGGGGCUGAUGAUGAGCCCGCCGAGGCUGGGCGCGGCGACGGCGGUGGACGACGACCACGAUGGCGGCAUGAGCUUGUGGGAACACUCUUGA